AUGAGCCGCCUGCUCUGGAAGAAGGUGGCCACCGCCGCCGUCGGGCCCGGGCCGGGCCCAGCUCCCGGGCGUUGGGGCUCCUCCAGCUCCGCCGCCCCCGCCUCCAGCGAAGGGCAGCUGCCGCCGCGGCCGCAGCCAGCGUCGCCCUCCUCGGAGCGCGGGCCGCCGCGCCGCAACCCGCUGCACAUCCAGAUGCUGUCGAGGGGGCUGCACGAGCAGAUCUUCGGGGCCGGCGGGCGGGCGCCCGGCGAGGCCGCGGUGCGCCGCAGCGUCGAGCACCUGCGGAGGCACGGUCUCUGGGACCAGCCGGCCGCGUCCCUGCCCGACGUGGAGCUGUGCCUGCCGCCCCUCUACGGGGGCGACCUGGACCAGCACUUCCGCCUCCUGGCCCAGAAGCAGAGCCUCCCCUACCUGGAGGCGGCCAACUCGCUGUUGCAGGCCCAGCUGCCCCCGCAGCCCCCGAGCUGGGCCUGGGCGGAGGGCUGGACCCGGUACGGCCCCGCGGGGGAGGCCGAACCCGUGGCCAUCCCCGAGGAGCGGGCCCUGGUGUUCGACGUGGAGGUCUGCUUGGCCGAGGGAACUUGCCCCACAUUGGCGGUGGCCCUGUCCCCCUCGGCCUGGUAUUCUUGGUGCAGCCGGCGGCUGGUGGAAGAGCGUUACUCCUGGACCAGCCGGCUAUCGCCGGCUGACCUCAUCCCCCUGGAAAUCCCUGCCAGUGCCAGCAGCACCAGCCAGCGGACAGGGCAGGAGCAGCUAGUGGUGGGGCACAAUGUGUCCUUUGACCGAGCCCACAUCAGGGAGCAGUACCUGAUUCAGGGCUCCCGCAUGCGCUUCCUGGACACGAUGAGCAUGCACAUGGCCAUCUCGGGGAUGAGCGGCUUCCAGCGCAGCCUGUGGAUGGCAGCCAAGCAGGGCAGGCACAAGGCCCAGCACCUCACACAGAGAGGCAAGAAGUCCCAGAACAAAGCCAGGGGCCCCGCGAUCUCGUCCUGGGACUGGCUGGACAUCAGCAGUGUCAACAACCUUGUGGACGUACACAGCCUGUAUGUGGGCGGGCAGCCCCUAGAGAAGGAGCCCCGAGAGCUGUUUGUCAAGGGCAGCAUGAAGGAUGUCCGUGAGAACUUCCAGGAGCUGAUGAAGUACUGUGCCCAGGACGUGUGGGCCACUUAUGAGGUUUUCCAGCAGCAGCUGCCGCUCUUCCUGGAGAGAUGUCCCCACCCAGUGACUCUGGCUGGCAUGCUGGAGAUGGGAGUCUCCUACCUACCCGUCAACCACAACUGGGAUCGCUACUUGAUGGAGACACACAGCACCUAUGAGGAGCUCCAGCGGGAGAUGAAGAAGUCACUGAUGGACCUGGCCAACGAUGCCUGCCAGCUGCUCACAGGAGAGAGGUACAAAGAGGACCCCUGGCUCUGGGACCUGGAGUGGGACGUGCAAGAAUUUAAGCAGAAGAAGGCAAAGAAGGUGAAGAAGAAGGAGGUGGCCGAAGCCAGCAAGUUGCCCAUCGAGGGGACUGGGGCCUCUGGGGACCCCAAGGAUCAGGAAGACCUUGGCCCCCUGACUGAGGAGGAGGAGUGUGAGCGUGAUUCUGCGGCCCGGGCCUGCCUGCAGCAGCUGAAGGAGACCGUGGAGCUCCUGCCCAAGCGGCCCCAGCACCUGCCUGGACACCCCGGGUGGUACCGGAAGCUCUGCCCCAGGCUGGAUGACCCUGCGUGGACCCCAGGCCCCAGCCUCCUUAGCCUGCAGAUGCGAGUCACCCCCAAACUGAUGGCACUGACCUGGGACGGCUUCCCACUGCACUACUCAGAGACGCACGGCUGGGGCUACCUGGUGCCCGGGCGGCGGGACAACCUGGUCAGGGAGCCAGUGGAUGAGACCUUAGCGACAGCCGAGGUGGCCUGUCCCUACAGAGCCAUUGAGGGGCUGUAUAGGAAGCACUGCCUGGAACAGGGCAGGCAGCAUCUGGAGCCCCAGGAGGGAGGCCUGGCUGAGGAGUUCUUGCUCACUGACAACAGUACCAUGUGGCAGACGGUAGAAGAGCUGGGCUGCUUUGACCUGGAGGCUGAGGCCACGGUGGAGAACUUUAGAGCUGCAGUGCCAGGUCACCUUCUGGUUCCGACUGCCCCUGGUGAUCCCAAUGCCAGCCAGCCCACCUUUCACCAUGGCAACGGGCCCUACAAUGAUGUGGAUGUCCCUGGCUGCUGGUUUUUCAAGCUGCCUCACAAGGACGGGAACAGCUGCAACGUGGGCAGCCCUUUCGCUAAGGACUUCCUGCCCAAGAUGGAGGACGGCACGCUGCAGGCUGGCCCAGGAGGUGCCAGCGGAUCCCGCGCCUUAGAGAUCAACAAAAUGAUUUCCUUCUGGAGGAACGCCCAUAAGCGCAUCAGUUCUCAGAUGGUGGUGUGGCUGCCCAGGUCAGCUCUGCCGCGUGCUGUGACCAGGCACCCCUCCUUUGAUGAGGAGGGCCUCUAUGGGGCCAUCCUGCCCCAGGUGGUGACUGCCGGCACCAUCACCCGCCGAGCUGUGGAGCCCACGUGGCUCACCGCCAGUAAUGCCCGGCCUGACAGGGUAGGCAGUGAGUUGAAGGCCAUGGUGCAGGCCCCGCCCGGCUAUGUCCUUGUGGGCGCCGAUGUGGACUCACAGGAGCUGUGGAUCGCGUCUGUGCUUGGAGACGCCCACUUUGCCGGCAUGCACGGCUGCACAGCCUUUGGGUGGAUGACCCUGCAGGGCCGGAAGAGCAGGGGCACUGACCUGCACAGUAAGACGGCCUCCACGGUGGGCAUCAGCCGCGAGCACGCCAAGGUCUUUAACUAUGGCCGCAUCUAUGGGGCCGGGCAGCCCUUUGCUGAGCGCCUCCUAAUGCAGUUCAACCACCGGCUCACGCAGCAGGAGGCUGCCGAGAAAGCCCAGCAGAUGUAUGCUGUCACCAAGGGCCUCCGCAGGUAUCGGCUGUCGGAUGAGGGCGAGUGGCUGCUGAGGGAGUUGGACCUGUCCGUGGAUAGGACUGAGGAGGGCUGGGUUUCCCUGCAGGAUCUGCGUAAGAUCCAGAGAGCAGCUUCGAGGAAGUCACGUGGGAAGAAGUGGAACGUGGUUGCAGAACGAGCGUGGAUGGGGGGCACAGAGUCCGAGAUGUUCAACAAGCUGGAGAGCAUCGCCAUGUCUGACACGCCGUGCACCCCAGUGCUGGGCUGCCGCAUCAGCCGGGCUCUGGAGCCCUCAGCUGUCCGUGGGGAGUUCAUGACCAGCCGUGUGAACUGGGUGGUGCAGAGCUCGGCGGUGGACUACCUGCACCUCAUGCUUGUGGCCAUGAAGUGGCUGUUUGAGGAGUUUGCCAUUGACGGGCGCUUCUGCAUCAGCAUCCACGACGAGGUCCGGUACCUGGUGCGGGAGGAGGACCGCUACCGCGCAGCCCUGGCCCUGCAGGUCACCAACCUCCUGACCAGGUGCAUGUUUGCCUACAAGCUGGGUCUCAACGACCUGCCCCAGUCCGUCGCCUUUUUCAAUGCUGUCGACAUUGACCAGUGCCUCAGGAAGGAAGUGACCAUGGAUUGUAAGACCCCUUCCAACCCGACGGGGAUGGAGAGGAGAUACGGGAUUCCCCAGGGUGAAGCGCUGGACAUUUACCAGAUAAUUGAACUCACCAAAGGUUCCUUGGAAAAACGAAGUCAGCCUGGACCUUAG